AUGGUUCGGGAAGUACUAACCGCCUUUCUGGUUGCCGCGUGCUUCCAACCGCGGGUCCGAGGCGCUCUUUUCAGCGACCCGGCUCAACUUCCGUCUCACAAGACGUACGACUACAUUGUCGUAGGAGCGGGUCCUGGUGGGGGUACGGUGGCCAGCCGCCUUUCGGAGAACCCCAAGACCCAGGUGCUGUUGAUCGAAGCGGGGCCAGAGCGAGUUUUUUCUAUUAUUCAUCGCGACACGAACGUGCUCAAUAUACACGUCCCCUAUCUCGGGUACACGCUCAACCCGAACACCCCGUACGACUGGAACUACACCACGACGCCACAGGCGGGUCUCGACGACCGCGUGUUGACGUACUCCCGCGGCCGCGUGCUCGGCGGGAGUUCAAGCAUAAACUUGAUGGUUUGGACGCGGGCCUCCCGCGACGACUGGAACAGGUACGCGAACGUCAGCGGGGAUUCGGGCUGGUCGUGGGAUGCGAUCGAACCUUACUACCGCAAGCUCGAGCACCUCGUUCCUCCGACCGACCACCACAAUAUCUCAGGCCAGAUUCUACCUCACAUACAUGGACACGAUGGGCCUGUCAACUUCUCUCUUCCUGCCAUUCCGUUCCCGACGGACGAUAAUGUGAUCGGUGCUACGCAAGAGCUUGCGGAUGAGUUCCCGUUCAACGUCGAUCAGGGAUCCGGUGACCCCAUUGGUAUCGGUUGGGUGCAGGGCACGUUUGGGAAUGGGAUGCGCACGAGCUCAGCUACGGCGUACAUUCACCCGGUGAUUUCCAGGCCAAACUUCGAUGUGCUACUGAACACCACGGUCACUAAGCUUAUUCAGACCGGAACGCACGGUGACAAAGCCGUAUUCCGCGGGGUUCAGUUCACACAAAACAGCACCACCCCGCUCUACACUCUGAACGCAACAAAGGAGGUCAUUCUCUCCGCCGGGGCGAUCAACAGCCCCCAGCUACUCAUGCUCUCCGGCAUCGGUCCCGCCGCGCACCUCGCCGCUCUCGGCAUCCCGGUCGUGCUCGACGCCCCCGCCGUCGGGCAAAACCUGGCGGACCACCCGCGCGUCGAAAGCCAGCUCGGGCUCGUGCACGCGGAGGACGACCCGCUGGACCCGAUCGCGCGCAACGCGACGCUCCUCGCCGAGCUCGUCGCGGGCUGGGAGCAGAAGCACGCGGGGCUGAUGGCGAACGGCGGCACGAACCAGGUCGCGUGGUUGAGGAUCCCGGCGGACGACGGGGUGUGGGCGACGGAGGAGGACCCGAGCGCGGGGCCGACGUCGCCGCACUUUGAGAUUCUGUUCAGGCCUGGCUUUGCGUCGACGGUGGGGGACCCGGUGCCCGCGACGGGCGCGUUCUUCACGCUGAACACCGUCCUCGUCGCGCCCUCCUCUCGCGGCUCGGUGACCCUGAACUCGUCGUCCCCGUUCGACUUCCCGGUCAUCGACCCCGCGUUCCUCUCGACUGCCUUCGACGUGCGCGCGAUGCGCGCGGCCCUGCGCGCCUCGCUCCGCUUCGUCGCCGCGCCCGCGUUCGCGGGCGUCGUGUCGGGCGCAGCGGGGCCGUUCGCGGACGUGGAUGUGGACGAUGACUCGGCGCUGGACGCGUGGGCGCGCGCGCAGGCGGCGACGAUCUGGCACCCGACAGGCACGGCGCGUAUGGGGGCGUGGCGCGGUGGUGAACCGGAUCUGCGUGUGCGGGGUGUGGAGGGGCUGAGGGUGGUGGAUGCGAGCGUGUUCCCGUUCAUCCCGGCGGCCCAUCCGCAGGCGGUGGUGUACGCGUUCGCGGAGAGGGCGGCGGAUCUCAUCAAGGCGGGGCACAGAGCGUGUUGA